AUGGCGCGAAAUGUCCGCGAAAGCUGUAGAGAGGUGCCAUGCGGGAUGGCAGGGACUGAGGAGGGGCCUAAGGCCCUUACUGAGCAGCUGGAUGUCGCGCGCGGCUUGGAGAACGUGCCCGUGAGCGCGUGGCCCCCGGGGGCGGAGCCAGAGCCCUUCCAGUAUACUCCUGACCAUGUAGCUGGACCUGGAACAGACAUUGAUCCCACACAAAUAACCUUUCCUGGAUGCAUUUGCCUCAAAACCCCCUGCCUCCCUGGUACUUGCUCUUGUCUCCGUCAUGGGGAGAACUAUGAUGAUAAUUCACGCCUUAGAGAUAUAGGAUCGGAAGGAAAGUGUGCCAAGCCAGUAUUUGAAUGCAACGUCCUAUGUCAGUGCAGUGACCACUGCAGGAACAGGGUGGUCCAGCAGGGUCUGCAGUUCCAACUCCAGGUGUUCAAGACGGACAAAAAAGGCUGGGGACUUCGUACCUUGGAAUUGAUACCAAAAGGACGGUUUGUCUGUGAAUAUGCUGGUGAAGUUUUGGGAUAUUCUGAAGUACAGAGAAGAAUUCAGUUACAAACAAUACACGAUCCAAAUUACAUUAUAGCCGUCAGAGAACAUGUUUACAACGGGCAGGUCAUAGAAACAUUUGUUGAUCCCGCCUAUAUAGGAAGUAUUGGAAGAUUUCUCAACCAUUCUUGUGAGCCAAACCUGUUGAUGAUUCCUGUCCGAAUCGACUCAAUGGUACCAAAGUUGGCACUUUUUGCAGCCAAAGACAUUUUGCCCGAAGAAGAACUCUCUUAUGACUAUUCAGGAAGAUUUCUUAAUCUAAUGGACAGUGAAGACAAAGAAAGGCUAGAUCCCAGGAAAAUAAGAAAACCUUGUUAUUGUGGUGCCAAAUCAUGUGCUGCUUUCCUGCCUUAUGACAGUUCACUGUUCUGCCCCUUAGAAAAGCCAAACAUGAGUUAGGAGCAAAAAGCAUGGGAGGAACACAUUAGGCCUCUCUCAGUGGGUGAGAGUGAGAAGGAACUGAAUGUGUUUGGCUCAGCCCCUUCCCAGAUCCUCUCUUUCAAGCACUUUAGCCUCCAGGUAAGUCUCUGCUCUGUGCUAAGCACUUGCAUUUCACUAUAGGGGAGGCUGGUGGUUGUCUGACUCUGCCUCUGUCUGGCUGCAGAAGUUUAACUCAGGAAUACGGCAGAGACUAUAAAUUGUCUAGCAAUACCCCUUCUCCCCUUCUAUAGUAGAAUUCUCAUUUUUUAGCUGAGUACUUUUCCUAGUUAGAUGUGGCUAAGUGACUGUGUUCUAGCUAAUGAGACAGAAGCAAAAAAUGGUGUGUCUUUAAAUGGAGACAUUUUUCCUUAUCCCACUCUUUCUUCCUGUUGGCUAGAGUGUAUGCAUAUAGCUGGAGCUGGGGCAUCCAUCCCAGACCCCAAAAUGACCCUAGAAAAGGAGGCCAUACAUAGCUAAUGAACAAACUUGACAGGAGUCUGGGUGCCAGAUACUCUGGAACUCUAUCAGUCCUGAUCUAAUACCUCUGGACUUUUAGGUGAGAGUCUCUCCCUCAUUUAUGCCACUGUUAUUUUCAGUUUUCUAGCACUAGCACCAAACCUCAUCAUAAUGAUCCAAGGAAACCCUUGUGGCUACAUACCUAAGCCUUGCUUUCCAAUCAAUUUUAUCAGUAAUGAAGCUGAUAUUUUCAUUUCUGUCUGACUCGUUCAUCUAAUUUCUCAUUUGCGUAGAAACACAAAUCAAGGAAAAGGGCCUGAUUGAUUAUCACCUGCUAAAACUCUAGUAUUUACCACCAAUAAUGAAAAAUAGAACUAUGACACUGACUUCCAUGUACCUAACCAAAAAAGUCAUAAGAGGAAACAAAUUAUAAAAUUUUCACUAUAUGCUGGCUAUAUUCCAAAUCUUGUGAAGUUGUGCUUCAAAACUUUUAACAGUUUUCUUCAUGUAUUAAUAAUAUGAAAAUAACCCUAUCAACACCACAAGAGGGGAUGGGAGUUUUAUAGCUCCAUUUAAACUUCUGGAGAGGCAAACAUCUUUAACUUCCUUCCUUAAAGCAAGGAUGUUGGAAAAACACAUUUAACAUAGAGAUUUAUCAGAUAUUUUGAAAGCUAAAAUAAUUAUUUGGAUCCUAUGGUAUUAUUUAAUAAAUUCUCUAAUUUCUUCUCUACCACAUUUAAACCCUACCACCACGAGGCCCUACACUUUAUAAUACACUAUAUGUAUUAUACAUACUUCUGUAUGAUAUUGUAAGUAAGAUAGUUGUUAUAUACUUUAAAUGAGUGAAAUGUAUGGCAUAUGUAUUAUAUCUCAAUAAACUUAAAUAAUGAGUAUGUUAAGUUUUGCAUGUUUGAAUUCUAUAAUUAAAUUUUCAGAAAUGGUUCCAUGUGAAUAGAGGAUAAUAUAGAGUACUCAUGAAAUGUCCCACACUACAAAUGUGUAAUGUCUAAAACAGAACAAAUUUUUCCUCCAAUUUAAUCAUUUCUCCCUACCAACCUUCCUCCAAAACUUUGUUUUCUCUGAAGGGGUCCUGUUUUUGGUAAAGCAGCUUUUGUAUCACUCAUUUCAAGACGGCCUUUCUUCUCACAAGCACUAAGAUACUUCAGAAGCAGUAAGGAAGUGGUCAGAAGGAAAGUGUUGGGUUCACUGUUUAAUUCUACAGAUACCCUUUCCUACUUCCUUCAGCCCUUUCUCUAUUGAAUAUCACCAUCUGUGAAUCACAGACACUCACAGAGGACAAUCUUUAGUUCAGACAUAUGAGCAGCAUCUUCCUCUUGGUGCCUCUGCCAGGGACAUCUCAUCGAACAUAGACCCUUGGGAUUUUCUGUACUCAUGUGCAAGUUUAUUCUUAAAUAGCACAUAGCCCUGGAAAUCAGAUUCCUCACGUAAGAGUCAAAAUAGUUUAUUCCAAGUCUUCUCUAAACACUGAGUUAACUGCAUUUACUUUAUUGCCAUGUUUUUACGAAUGGUGACACUUCUAUUUUUGAGAACAAACAUUAAAAGAUAUAUUUCUGUUUAACUAUUAUCUUAAUAUGAAAAUAUAUAUAAAUUUCAUAAUUAUAAAUUAGGGCAAAUUAGAAGUUUAAAAGGUGGCAUGUAUAUUCAUGGAAUUAAAACAU